UUCUCCCUUAGUGACACUCAGGAAAUGCUUGUCUCCUGCUGUUGAUGAAUAAUUUCGGAGUACUAUGGAUCAUGCUGAAGAAAAUGAAAUCCUUGCAGCAAGCCAGAGGUACUAUGUGGAAAGGCCUAUCUUCAGCCAUCUGGUCCUCCAGGAAAGACUUCACAAGAAGGACAAGAUUUCAGAUUCCAUCGGGGAUAAGCUGAAACAGGCAUUCACAUGUACUCCUAAGAAGAUACGAAAUAUCAUUUAUAUGUUCCUGCCCAUAACUAAGUGGUUGCCCGCGUACAAAUUCAAAGAGUAUGUGUUGGGUGACUUGGUCUCGGGCAUAAGCACAGGGGUACUUCAGCUUCCUCAAGGGUUAGCCUUUGCAAUGCUGGCUGCUGUGCCUCCGGUGUUUGGCCUGUACUCUUCAUUUUAUCCUGUUAUAAUGUAUUGUUUUUUUGGAACCUCCAGACAUGUAUCCAUAGGUCCAUUCGCUGUUAUUAGCCUGAUGAUUGGUGGUGUGGCUGUUCGAUUAGUACCAGAUGAUAUAGUUAUACCAGGAGGGGUAAAUGCAACCAAUGGUACGGAAGCAAGAGAUGCCUUGAGAGUGAAAGUCGCCAUGUCCGUGACCUUACUUUCAGGAAUCAUCCAGUUUUGCCUAGGUGUCUGUAGGUUUGGAUUUGUGGCCAUAUAUCUUACGGAGCCCCUGGUCCGUGGGUUUACCACCGCGGCUGCUGUGCACGUCUUCACCUCCAUGUUAAAAUACCUGUUUGGAGUUAAAACAAAGCGGUACAGUGGGAUCUUUUCAGUGGUGUAUAGUACAGUUGCUGUGUUGCAGAAUGUUAAAAACCUCAACGUGUGUUCCCUAGGCGUCGGGCUGAUGGUUUUUGGUUUGCUGUUGGGUGGCAAGGAGUUUAAUGAGAGAUUUAAGGAGAAAUUACCGGCACCUAUUCCUUUAGAGUUCUUUGCGGUGGUGAUGGGAACUGGCAUUUCAGCUGGGUUUAACUUGCAAGAAUCGUACAAUGUGGAUGUCGUCGGGACACUUCCUCUGGGGCUACUACCUCCAGCCAACCCGGACACCAGCCUCUUCCACCUCGUGUACGUGGACGCCAUCGCCAUAGCCAUUGUUGGAUUUUCAGUGACCAUCUCAAUGGCCAAGACCUUGGCAAAUAAACAUGGCUACCAGGUGGAUGGCAAUCAGGAGCUCAUUGCCCUGGGACUGUGCAAUUCCAUUGGCUCACUCUUCCAGACUUUCUCAAUUUCAUGCUCCUUAUCUCGAAGCCUUGUUCAAGAGGGGACUGGAGGGAAGACACAGCUUGCAGGUUGUUUGGCCUCACUAAUGAUUCUGCUGGUCAUAUUAGCCACCGGGUUCCUCUUCGAAUCAUUGCCCCAGGCGGUGCUGUCGGCCAUUGUGAUUGUCAACCUGAAAGGAAUGUUCAUGCAAUUCUCAGAUCUCCCCUUUUUCUGGAGAACGAGCAAAAUAGAACUGACCAUUUGGCUGACCACUUUUGUUUCCUCCUUGUUCCUGGGAUUGGACUAUGGUUUGAUUACAGCUGUGAUCAUCGCUCUGCUGACUGUGAUUUACAGAACCCAGAGUCCCAGCUACAAAGUGCUUGGACAGCUUCCUGACACUGACGUGUAUAUUGAUAUAGAUGCAUAUGAGGAGGUGAAAGAAAUUCCCGGAAUAAAAAUAUUCCAAAUCAAUGCCCCAAUUUAUUAUGCAAAUAGCGACUUAUAUAGCAAUGCUUUAAAAAGAAAGACUGGAGUGAACCCAGCGCUCAUAAUGGGAGCAAGAAGAAAGGCCAUGAAGAAGUAUGCUAAGGAAGUUGGAAAUGCAAAUAUGACCAAUGCAACUGCAGUCAAAGUGGAUGCAGAAGUAGAUGGAGAAGAUGCCACGAAGCCUGAAGAAGAGGAUGACGAAGUAAAAUACCCCCCAAUAGUCAUCAAGAGCACAUUUCCUGAAGAAAUGCAAAGAUUUAUGCCCCCAGGAGAUAACAUCCACACCAUCAUUCUGGAUUUUACACAAGUCAAUUUUAUUGACUCUGUUGGCGUAAAAACUCUGGCCGGGAUUGUAAAAGAAUAUGGAGAUGUCGGUAUUUAUGUGUAUUUAGCAGGAUGCAGCGCACAAGUUGUGAAUGACCUCACUCAAAAUCGAUUCUUUGAAAAUCCUGCCUUGAAGGAGCUGCUGUUCUACAGCAUUCAUGAUGCAGUUUUAGGCAGCCAGCUUCGGGAGGCGCUUGCCGAGCAAGAAGCCACCGCCGCCCCUCCGCAGGAGGACUCAGAACCCAACGCCACUCCAGAAGCUUAGAGGAGGAACCCAGCUGGGAUAGGGUACGAGCCUCUGGGAAAUUACUCACUUACACAUUUUAAGUACUAGACACUAGACAUCCCCCCGCUAAGGGUAAAUGCUAGUAGUCAAGGUUUGAUUUGGAGGGUGAAUGACGCACAUAGCAAGAUGUAUCUUACUUGUGUUUUUUUUUUAAUUGAAUUAUUUCAAAGAUAAAUUGUCCCUCUUGCCUGCAUUUACUGUGCAGUGACAUUCCUGUUACCCUUUAGUGUUACCUUUAUAAGCCGAGCGUUCCAGAAGUUAUUUCCUUUAAUUGCUUUACGUACCAAUCAUAUAUGCUUUCACCAGAUGGGUAGCAUCCUUACUUUGGUACUUGCUGGUGUACAGACUUUCUCUAAUCAGAGCUAACUAACACAGAAGGGGCACACCCUCAGUUUUCUAGAAGUUCUUUAAAAAUAACCUUUUAUUACUAAAGAAGCAUUAUGAGUGCAAUAAAAAGAAUAGAAAAAAUAAACUAAAAACAUUAUAUUGCUACCAUUCAAAGAUUAUCACUAACACCUUAAGGCAUAUCCUUCCAGAUCUUUUUCUGCGCCCCUAUACUUACAUUUUUUAACCAGAGUAAGAUCAUAUUCUACAUAGUGCUCUGUAAGUCAUUUUUCAGUCAACAAUCCUUGUUUCCUCAUCUGGAAUACUUUUACCUCAGAUCAUAUUCAGGUUUCCCCAGUUGUCCUCAAAUUUAUACUUGGUCUGUCCAGACUAGUAUCCAUUCUGUGACCUACCACUACAACUGGUCAUGUCCCUUCAAGUCCCUUAAGUCUAUCUUAAUCCAGUACAGUCCCUUUUAUGACAUUGAGUUGUUGAAGAGAGACUGGGGCAGUUGUCCUGUAGAACCCCCAUUUUGUUCUUUCAAGGUGUUAUAUCGCUUGUCCCUUUAUUUCCUGAAUUACUUAUAAUCUAAAAGUUUUAUCCAAAAGCUUCAUGGAUUUGAAUAAAACAUUUUUUUUUUUGCUGGAAUAUAUCCUAGAUGAGACACAUGCUUUAAAUCUCAUCACAUCAGAAAACACAUAAUAUCUAGUUGACCUACCACUAAAUGAUGCUGAUAGCCUCAUCCCCCACUUACGUUUUCUCCAUUGUGACUUGUGAGUUUUCUAUCUGGUUUUCCUUUGGCAUCGAAUGAAUGCCCAGUUCCCAUUAGCCAUUCACCCAGAGGUUUUAACAGUGAUAAUCCUUGCUUAAAUCAAUAAUUUUAUUAAGGCUUGAGAUUUUUUUUUCCAUUUCUCUCAUUUCUUCAGCAUUUAUUAGUUGGUGUUUCUUUGUAAACUACAGCUAUCCCUCCUCAACCUGAGCUAUUUGGUCAUCCUUAAAUACAAUCCUUUCUUACUGGAAAGGCAGGUUAAAUGCUUUAUUUUUUCCAUUUAACUAUCAACUUCAAAGUAAGGAGCUGGUUUAACGGGCAAUGACAUAGUAGGCUCUUUUACAUUUCUCUUUUUUUCAGUGUAAUCAUAGGCUCGUGUAUUUUUACAGUUUUAAUGUUCCUCAGUCCAUUAUAAUAAUUCUUUUUGGUGCUCAUUUGUCACUACUGUGACCAGUAGGCGCCCCUAGAACUUCUGUUGCUGCUAAUAGUAAAAUAACCUUAAAGACCAUGUAUUUAAGAAAGCUAAUUUCUUGAUAUAACUUAGUAUCUUCCUUGGAAGUCCAUAAUAGUUAUCAGUUAAUUCUUAUCAGACCUAGGGGGGGGUAAGCCUAUGAAUGAGUAAAAUGCCUAUUUCAGGCAGUCUUCAUAGUUGUUCAAGUGGGGGGAGAACUUUAAGCCAAUUCGUCAUCAAAAAGGUCUUGCUCUUGUAGUUCUAAGUACUACCUCACUCCAAAUCAAAGCACAAGUAUUAGCCAACCUGCCUAAAGCCUCCUCUGCUGAGAUUUCCUGCUAACAGUCCGUUUUUCAAGUAUGUUUUCUUACUGACUUCUUUUUAGUUUUCAUAAAGAAAACACUGCCAGGAGAAAAGUGGGCAGAUCCCAGGAAAGAGUCGUGUUAGCAUGGGUCUAACUCCAACCAAACCCUAUGGUUUGUUUGCUUUAACUCUCAGAUUUUGCAGUGACUUUACUAAUUUAAAGUGGACCACCUCCUUUCUAAUCAGUACUUAAUGGAGAUCUAGAAAGAAAUGAGAUUUUCACCCAGCUACUUCCUUUGCAAUCAUCACACGCAAGAUCAGAUACAUCUGCAUUCUGAUACAGACUGCCUUCUGAAGGAGCAUGUAGUUGUAGCACCUCAGCUUUAGUGGAAGCUUUUGUACGAGGGCCUGCACCAUUUCCGCCACUAAUGCAGAACUUAAAGAUUCUAAACAAUGUUAUAAAAUACUUCAUUGCAUUGACUUUAGCACCCGUCUUCAUCAAAUGCUUUACAUACAGAAAUUCACAUCCUAGCUGUUGAUAGAUUGAAAGUAGGGUACAAAAAAUAGUAUUUAUCUGUAUUUACAGAUUUGUAUUUAACUUUUCUGUUCCUUAAUUUUCAACCUAUUUUGAAUAGAUUUUUACCAUGUACAUAAAAAGCACUGAAGUCUUAAGGAAAGUUUUUUGUUUGUUUGUUUCAGCGAGCCUCUGAGGAUGUAAGAAUGCAUUUCAAAAUGUUUUAUCUAUAUGUAAAUAUGUUGGAAUGUUUUACUUAAAAUUAUUUAAUAUAGUAGAAAAUUUCCUGACCUUUUUUACUUUAAGUUUGCCUCUUUGUUCUUCUUUCUGGAGCUCAAUAGCCAGUAGCGUGUGCUUCCUAUGUGUCUCAAACCCUGGUUCAAAUUCAGUCUCACUGCCCUGUCAAAAUGAGCAUAAUCCACAAUGAUAGAUCUAGGGACUUGGUUGGUCUUAUUUUAUGGCAAUAUGGGACAGCCCUGUCUUCAGGAAGGUCCCAUAUAGAGAAGUUGUCUUUCUAAAAUCCUACAUGAUAGGAUAGUGGUUGAUUUCUGCCUCAUGGAUGGAUGGAAUAUGUAAACAAUUGUGAACCAGGGCCCAGAAAAUUAAUUCAUGUCAUAGAUAUGGACUCUGUAUAAUGGCAGCUUAUAGUGGGAUCCCAUUUGCCAGUCCCAUCUGCAGUGGGACUCAGAGAAACAAGGAUAUGAAUCCUCUGCAAGCCCUGGGAGUUCACUUUAUAGUUUUCAGGUAACCCCUAAAACCCUUAUAGUUUUCAGGUAACUCCGUGUGGUUUGAUCCUGUAUUCUUACCUACUUAACAGAGAAAGGAGGUACCUGCCUCCAAAGGUACAUUUUGAGAAAAUGAGUCUUCCCUCGUGUGUGCAUGGAGUGGGUAACAAACCCAAAGAAUCUGCCCUGGAAUGGGUAGGUGUGUUUUUCUGUUUUGGGGGAUGUGGGGAUGGGGUGGCGUAUG